UUGCUUAGGCUUCAGCCAAAGUCAAGUGGUCACUUAUCUUUAGAGCUACGCUUGUGAGAGGAUGAACGGCACAGAGGGCAGCAACUUCUACAUCCCUAUGUCCAACAGGACUGGGCUGGUCAGGAGUCCCUUUCUGUACCAGCAGUACUACCUGGCUGACCCAUGGCAGUUCAAGCUUCUUGCUUGCUACAUGUUUUUGCUUAUCUGUUCGGGAGGCCCCAUCAACGGGAUGACACUGUUGGUCACGGUGCUGCACAAAAAGCUUCGUCAGCCUCUCAACUUUAUUCUGGUCAACUUGGCUGUUGCUGGCAUGAUCAUGGUCUGCUUCGGAUUCACCAUCACCAUCACCUCAGCCGUUAAUGGCUACUUUAUCCUUGGACCCAUGGCUUGUGCUAUUGAAGGUUUCAUGGCUACUCUCGGAGGUCAGGUUGCCCUGUGGUCACUGGUGGUGCUGGCUGUUGAGAGAUACAUUGUCGUCUGCAAGCCCAUGGGCAGCUUCAAGUUUGGUACCAACCAUGCUGCAGCUGGAGUGGCAUUCACAUGGGUCAUGGCUAUGUCCUGUGCUGCACCACCCCUUGUUGGCUGGUCCAGGUACAUCCCUGAGGGACUGCAGUGCUCCUGUGGACCUGACUACUACACCCUGAGCCCCGAAUACAACAACGAGUCCUAUGUCAUCUACAUGUUUGUUUGCCACUUCUUUGUCCCUGUGAUCAUUAUCUUCUUCACUUAUGGAUCGCUGGUGUGCACAGUGAAAGCGGCUGCAGCUCAACAACAGGACUCAGCCUCCACCCAGAAGGCAGAGAAGGAAGUGACACGCAUGUGCAUCCUGAUGGUUCUGGGUUUCCUGAUUGCAUGGACCCCCUAUGCUACUGUUGCUGCCUGGAUUUUCUUCAACAAGGGAUCUGCUUUCAGCGCUCAGUUCAUGGCUAUUCCUGCCUUUUUCUCCAAGAGCUCAUCAAUCUACAACCCAGUCAUCUAUGUGCUGCUUAACAAACAGUUCCGUGGGUGCAUGUUGCAGACAAUCACUGGCAAGGCCCCAGAGGAUGAGACGUCAGUGUCCACAAGCAAGACAGAAGUGUCCUCAGUGUCUCCUGCAUAGAGACAUUAGGAUCCGUUUCCUAUGGAUAAAAAGGACUGACCACUAAUUGUUGUGAAUGGACAAGUUGUUUUGAAACUUUUUUGUGUCAAGGAGGUCUUCGGUGGCGACUGGAAGCAGCCAUUGAGGUGCAAUGUUUGGCCGAAGAAAUCUACCUGAAUAACAGAGUGACAAAUUCCAGUGUAAGUGUGCUACCUACCAUGACCAUUACUCUUCCUGUACAUCUUGUACAGGCAUU